AUGCUGCUGAAUAAUAAUUUGCUAGUUUUUGAAGGUUACCGUAACUUUCGUCUUCGAAUCGUAUUGGCUACGCUUGCAGCAAAGUCUAUAAAAAUCACAAAGAUCAAGUCGAAUGAUUUGAACCCUGGGUUAAAAGAUUACGAGGUUUCCUUUCUCAGACUCAUUGAAUCAGUUACAAAUGGCUCGCAUAUUGAAAUAUCCUAUACUGGUACAACUGUCAUAUAUAGGCCGGGGAUCAUUGUUGGUGGUGAAAUCACACAUACUUGCCCAACCUCGAAAUCUGUUAGUUACUUUAUUGAACCUAUGUUGAUGUUGGCGCCAUUUUCAAAAAACAAGUUUAGUAUCAUUUUUAAAGGAUUGACCAAUAACUUAAAUGAGACUGGUAUUGAUGCUAUAAAAUGGGGGUUUUUACCUAUUAUGGAAAAGUUUGGUGUACGUGAUUGCUUGUUACAUAUCUUGAAAAGAGGCUCUCCUCCACUUGGAGGAGGCGAGGUACACCUAAUAUGUAACUCGCUAUUAACAGUUCCUUUGACUAUUCACGCGAUCGAUGUUCCAAAAUUUUCGGCAAUUAGAGGAGUCGCUUAUUGCACUAGGGUAAGUCCCUCCAUUGUCAACCGAAUGAUUGAUGGUGCACGAACAGUACUAAAAAACACCGGCUGUGAAGUUAACAUUACAGCUGAUGUUUGGAAAGGAGCAAAUUCGGGUAAUUCGCCCGGUUUUGGGAUCACUUUGAUAGCAGAAUCUAAAAAAGGCUGGAGAAUAGUUGCAGAUAACGUUGGUGGAGCACAGUCAUUACCUGAAGAUUUGGGCGAAUUGACCGCAUAUCAACUAAUGAAUGAGGUAACAAAGAGUGGGAGUAUUGGACGCAUCCAAUUGGUCUUCAGUCUUGUUUUUAUGGCUAUUGGUAAAGAGGAUUUGGGAAGAAUCAAAAUACAUGAAAGCGAGGUUGAUGAAAACUUGCUUUAUGCUCUCAGAGAUAUCAAAGAGUUUUUUGGAACUGAGGCGUUUCUUCAGCCUGAUGAUACCAAUAACGGAGAAUUUAUCACCCUUUCAUUAAAAGGAAGUGGUUUUACAAAUAUUUCCAAAAAAGUAGCUUAA